UAGAGGCUGAGCCGUCGAGUGGCGUCGAGUGUCGGCCGGUCGGAUGUCCGCGGAGGGCGGCGGCUACUCGCCGUGUCCGGCGGAGGCGCUGCCGGAGCUGAGCGCCGCCGAGCUGGCGAUGAGCCUGUCGCCGAAGUCGGCGCUGCUGCAGCAGAAUCUGUCCCAGCUGCAGCUCCAGCACUCCACGCCAUUCUCCGUCACGGAUAUACUGUCGCCGAUAGAGGAGUACCGCAAGCUCGAGCUGGCCAACAACCCGCCGUCGCCGUACAGGGCCCAUCGCCCGGCACAUUCUGACGCGAGCAUUAAGGUGUCCGACGAUUUCAUUGACUAUGCCCAACUAUCAGUAGACAGAUCGAACUCAUCAGGAAGCAGCAUCAACUCUCCGCUAGGCCCCGCGGCCUCCUGCGGCAUGACGGCGAACCCCUACGCGGUGCCCCUGUACGGAGGCGCCCCAGUCCAGGGGUACGGGUGCGCGCCCGCAGACCUCCCCCACUAUGGGGACAUGCGCGGCGCCAGCUGGUACCCGGCCUCGAACGACCCCAGGUUUGCCAUUUCCAGGCUGAUGACGUCGACGGGAGGAGGUAUGGGUCAUGUGAACAACAUGAGCGGGCUGGCGGCGUGCGCGGGCCCUGACGCGAAGCCCAUGCAGUUCCCGCUGGCGCAGCGGCGGAAGCGGAGAGUGCUGUUCACGCAGGCGCAGGUAUACGAGCUGGAGCGAAGGUUUAAGCAGCAGAAGUACCUCUCCGCGCCAGAAAGGGAGCACCUAGCGUCCCUCAUACACCUAACCCCUACGCAGGUGAAAAUAUGGUUCCAGAACCACCGCUACAAAUGCAAGCGGCAGGCGAAGGAAAAGGCCAUGGCGGAGCAGAAUCAGCAUAACCAGUCCUCCUCAUCACCAAGGCGAGUCGCUGUCCCAGUACUAGUGAAGGACGGCAAGCCGUGCGGCUCAGGGGAAUCCUCAUCCCCUGCGCACAGCCAUUGCGCGACUCCCACGUCAGGGUACGCCGCCCCCCAGCCCUCGCAGGCAGCUUGCAGCAACCCCCUGGUGUCUACCUACCGCCAGCCAGCCGCCUACCAGCAGCAGUGCACAGGGUACCUUCCGCUCCAGGGCAGGGCCUGGUAGAAAUUCCCACAGCUUUACCACGACACAAUGUUCAAGGAGGAGAUGUAUUUCGAUUAGAUUGGUUGAGAGUUGGUUUGGUUUGGAACGUAAGUUCUUAAUUUUUUUUCCAGUCGUAAAUAUGCAAGUUUUAAUGCAACUUUGAAGCAAUUUUCAUUUUUUCUACAUUAUUUAAAAUCUUCGUUUAUUUAUAGUCGUCAUUUUUGUAGGCAGAACAAAACCACGAUCAGAUAUUAUUUAAAAAUUAUUGAUGACAUUUAUUAUAUUGUUAGUUGAAAAUGGUAGGUCUGUUUUACUGCGUAUAAUUUCUGAGUAAAAUGAAAUAUUUUUCGUAAUGCGAUUAGUUUUCAAGAGCAUCGUCGUAUUAUAUCUCCAGUACAGAUUUUAAAGUAACUGCAUAAAAUCUUGGAAAAUUUACAGUUAUAGUCAAUAUAACCAUAGAUAAUUCCAGACGUCGGUCAUUAAAGUUUGGAUGAAAAGUCUCUUUACUCCUCUGUCUAAUUCUUUAAAAAAAUACUAUUAUAAAGUUGCAUAAACGGCUUCAUUUUAGUAUAGUAUAAAUAUUUUUUGACACUCCAUUCCAUUUCAAACACAAACCAACCAAUCUCCUUCAAGAGCAUUGUGUCAGGUGAAGCGACGCUGAGAGGCGGCACAGGACCCAGUGAUGGACAGUGAUCAGUGACGUAAGUGUUACGUGCGGUGUACAUACAUAGGCUAACGUAUACUUAAGCGCGAAUAAGGAUUUGAUAUCUAUGUUUAUGGUUUAUUUCUUGAAGUUGACAGAUGACGCAGUAUUAUUGCAUUAUGUAUAGUAUGUUACAGUUUGAAAAUCGACGCAAAUAAGUCCUUUAUAUUAUUUUUAUAUAACCAUGAGAAAAUGAGCACAUGAACAAAUGCCGCUUAGAAUUUUAAAUCAAAAUUUAUUUUAUAAAUUCCAAAGACAUAUUGUGUCUCAUAAUGCCCCCAAAUUAAUUUACUAUAUUAUGUAUAAAUACAAUACCACGUAUGUCUUCGUACUUUGAUAAAAAUUUAAUGUAUUAAGUAUACUUACAUGGUUGAAACAUGAAAAAAUUAUUAUGAUGGACUUAAAUGUUGUCGAUUUUUGUUCCCAAAAUAUACAAUAGUCAAAAUCUUUGAACGCCUUAAUCCAUUUUUUUUUUCUAAAAUAUUUACUCAACAUUUUUCCUGCAAGACGUGUGUAACACGUAUUCAUAGCAAUCACUUACCAUGAAGUGACAAAUGAAUUAACCUAUGGUAGGAUAAAACUGACUACUUUUAGAUUGUUACUAUUUCGAGCUUUAUCUCAAUUCUCUCCCAUCAGAUGAUGUUUAAACAGAGUUACAAAGAUUUUGACUGUAUCAACGCAAAACAAAAAUUAUAAUGUUUUCAGAACAUUUCCAAAGUGCCAAAUUUGUAUUAGAGAAUAUCACAGGCACUAAUUUUUAAUUUCGUUUUUGAUUUUUUAGACUUUUCAAUAUUUGCAAUAAUUAUGUAUUUUAAUUGUAUAACAAUAGAAACUGAUCAGGAAUUGGAUUUUAUAGAACUUUACCAUUAACUUUUUGAAAGGAAAAGUAUUAUCCCCAUUUGGAGAACCUGUACUUUUGUAUAUACGAGUAGUAAAUUGUUGUGUGUAUAGUACAUAAUUUAAAAAAUCUGUGUUUUGCGUGUGUAGAUAUUAAACAUGUACAUAUUGUGUUCUCUUAGGAGACAUUGACAAAAUUGUAGAGUUUUAAAAAAAAUACAUCACUGGACUUCGGAAUCGGAAAGUUAGACGCAAAUUUUGUUAAUGGCUGUUUCUUUAUAUCUGCUAAUAAAAAAAUAUAUUCAUUUGCGUUAUGAAUUUGUUUAUUUAAAAAAAAAAAUGAUUGAUGAAAAAUUAUUUCAUCGACUAGGGCCCAUCACUAAUUGUUAUCCAAAAUGUUCGAUUUUUAUUAACGAUAUAUUUAAAUUGACAGUCUGAGCUUAAAGCGAAGCAAAAUUAUCAGAAUGUUUCUAACCAAAUUAUCAGUGUAGUCUUGACUCCACAAAGACGUAUGGUAGAGAAUUUCAAGAUUUCGGCAUCCCCUUUCCGAUCUAUCCGAAGAUAGAGUUUGCCAUCAUGUUACAUCCAAUGCUACACUUAAUAUCAAAGUAGAUAUAAUUAUACAGCCAUUCAUGCGACUUUAGACAAAACAGUUACUAAAAUAUCGAAACAAUUUUGAAAUAAAUUGGCUCCCCUACGCCACGAAGUAUACGAGAUAAUAGAACAUUGGAAAUUAGUAAAACGACGUUUACGCAAUAAAUUGUUAUUCGGUAGAGAAUAUUCUGUUUUUAGAACCAGUGAUAGAUAUUAAAACUCUUUUUGGGUUAUUUAAAACUGCUGAUGCAAGGAGUUCUCAUUUCCUAGUAUAUUAUACAAGAAUUGCCACUAUCAUCAGGGAGUCUGCAAAGGGCUCAUCUGCUUUAACUGUUAAUAAAAAACUAAUAAAAUACCUAUUAAUCUAACAUGAGCACACAUUUUGAACGUAAGGUGGUAAAGUGUAGUUAACUUGAAAAUUGAAUGUGCAUUUGUAAAAUAAAACCAAAAUUACACCAUCUGCAGGUUUGGCAGAGGACCUGAUGUCAUCUGUAGGUAAAUAUCAAGACACAGAUUGAAUUAAUGGUAGCUCUUGUAUUCUUAAAAGAAGUAUCUACAAGGAGAUAAAAAUCAAUUGAAACCGUUAAACAAUUUGAAUUUAGUGCAAAA